GAGCCAUGAUCCGCUCAGUAUUUGCUGUGCUUUGUUUCCUCCUGCUGCACAUCGGAGCUCAGGCAUUUCAAAUAUUGCCUGGAGUCUCUUUAAGUCACCAGGAAAUUACAGAGCAAGCGAUUCUCAAAGUAACUGUGCAGGCAUGCCGCUCUCUAGCCCAAACUGAAGGAACAAGCUUCAACGACCCAGCUCAGCCUUUCACUGCAGAAGGCGUUGCUGCUGCCUGCGGCGCCUCGCAGUCAUCGAAGGCUUUCCGUCAAGCCAUCACAUCCAUCAAGCUGAGGAAUAUCAGAGUGGAUAUCCGCUACGCCCUCACAUCGAGCUACCACUUUGAUAAGGAGGAGUUUGUUCAGGGAAGGAGGAUCAUCACAGAGGGAAUGGUUGCUGUCAAAGCCAACAACAGGAUGGGGAAUUAUGAGACCGCAAGGGAGAAACUGGGCGAGAUCAUGCAUCCUUUGCAAGAUUUCUACAGUCACAGCAACUGGGUGGAGCUGGGAAACACGCUGCCAAACUCUAAUCUGAUUAAAGCAGAAACCAGCAUUGGCAACAUCGCAGAUGAAAGUAGAGCCACCUGUCGCAGCUGUAUUGACGACGACUGCACCAACAACAUUCUGGAGGACAUCAUCACUGGACAGAUCCUGACCUCUGGCUACACUGGGCACGAACCUUUUGUCUCAACCAAGCCACCUGUCGCCAUUCCGAACAAGAGCGACGCCAAGUUCCACUGCAGCCCGAAGUGA